GGUGGGAUUUUUUGAGAGGCGUUGCCGCACACCAACUACUCCAGCAUUAUAUAUACCAACAGACAGACACACAUUUUCAUAGAUUGCGCAAAUAGCCUGUGUGAGCGGAAUAGUUGUCGUUUGAGUUUAAAGACAUUAUCAAGAAAUAAAGACUCAGUCAUGGCCAAUUAUAUUCACGUACCCAGCGAGGCCCCCGCUGUGCCUAAAAUAGAUGUGACAGUUGACGAGAGCGACUACAGAUCCGGUGCUAUGAAGCUGAUCAAGGAGAUGAGACCGAACUGGAAGCCGUCUGAGGUCAAAGUGAAGUUUUUCACAGAUGGGAUAACCAAUAAGCUGCUGGGCUGCUAUGUGGGUCCAGUCAUGCAGGAUGUGGUGCUGGUCCGGAUUUAUGGCAACAAAACAGAACUUUUGGUUGACAGGGAAAAUGAAGUAAAAAGUUUUCGAGUACUACAAGCACACCGCUGUGCACCUCGCCUGUACUGCACCUUCAACAAUGGCCUGUGUUAUGAGUUUUUGCAAGGAACUGCCCUGGAGCCAGAGGACAUUCGCAGCCAGCCUGUUUUCAGGCUCAUUGCGAGGCAGCUGGCCAAGUACCAUGUCAUCCAUGCUCACAACGGCUGGGUGCCACAGUCUGACCUGUGGCUGAAGCUGGGCAAGUACUUUGCUCUCAUCCCAAAGUACUUAAAGGAGCCUGAGCAGAAUGCUAGGUUGAGAAAGGAGGUGCCCAGCCCACGGUUCCUGAGAGAAGAGCUGGUGUGGCUCCAGCAGAGCUUGUCAAUGCUGGGCUCCCCCGUAGUUCUCUGUCACAAUGACCUGCUCUGCAAAAACAUCAUCUAUAACCAGGAGGCGGGUAAUGUAAAGUUCAUUGACUACGAGUAUGCUGGGUACAAUUACCAAGCCUAUGAUAUUGGGAACCAUUUUAACGAGUUUGCUGGCAUUAAUGAGGUGGAUUACAAUCACUACCCUGAUCAGGCAUUUCAGCUAGAGUGGCUUCGCUCCUACCUGGAAGCCUAUAAGGGGAACAGAGACCAGGACAGUGAAGUGACUGACAGAGAGGUGGAGAUCCUGUAUGUCCAAGUCAACAGAUUUGCAUUGGCAUCUCAUUUCUUCUGGGGUCUCUGGGCGCUGAUUCAGGCAAAGUUCUCCACCAUCGACUUUGACUUCCUGGGAUAUGCAGUCCUGCGCUUCAACCAGUACUUCAAGAUGAAAUCAGAGGUAUCUGCGCUGAACUUACCAGAGUAAAGCCUUCAUCGCCUCAUCUUAUUUGUUCUCCUGCUCUUCCUCACCUCAACCAGUUCUGUGCCUCACACGAUGGCUGCACAGCGCCCUCUUGGGGUUGUAUGUAGACAAGAGUCAGACUGAGAGUCUGAGACUGUCUUGUUCAGUGCCUACAGUUCCCCUCUAAACGUCCUCCACUCUAUAGAGAAGAGGACAACAAUCUUCCAUCAUACUGUCAUACCUUUGGUAACCAAAGGGCAUCACAAGUCAUUUGUACCAUGGGCAUGUAUAAAAUAGGGGCUUUGAAGCUCUGCAAUAAUGUGAAGCCUACAUAACUAAAUUUAUCGUGGUCAUUUCAAUUAUUCUAACAUCUUUGGAUAUUAACUUUGCUUAAUCAUAUUUUUUAUGUAAGCAGCUUUUUUCAAAGCUUGAAUGACUCUAAAUACAACAACGGUAGGAUGUGUCUCCCUUCACAGAACAAUACAUACCAGUAAGAACCAGUGACUAACAGGUGGCCCAGACACUAAACCAGUUGCCUAAACACACCUUCCUUAAACGCACAUUCAUGGGGAAACUCUGAAGAGCCAGCCCAGCUAUUGACCAAAUUGAUAACGACAGAAACAAAACAAAGCCGGCUUUGUUUGCUGAGUAACUAAGAUACAAAAAACAAAUGCCAACACAGAAAGGCCUGUGCCACUUCUCUCUCUCGUGAUGUGAACUACAGCACACAUGAAACUUGUGGCUUGCCUUGUGACUCUCUUGUGUUAUUUCCGUCUUUAUCCCCCUCCGGCAUACUUUACACGGGGUGUGUGCCCGAUCAGCCGUGUUCUUGUUGUUGCUGUGUGUAGUUUGGUGAGGGCCUCUGUGUUUUGGCUUUCUCUAACUUGAAGGUAGAAACGUUGUGUUGUCUAACCUCUCCAGUCUUCAGUUACUGAAUACUUGUACUGGUGAUCACAAAGCACUCUUUUGAAUUGAGGGACAUUUUCACUGUAAUGUACUUUUCACUUUUGUUUGGACACUUGGGCUUCAUUUAGAUCUUAACAGGGCACAGGUCUGCAUCUCGCUCUAAUUUGAACAUUCCAUGUUCAUAAUGUUAGACAGGACAUUGGGUUGUAGGUGAUAUGAAGCAUUGGGGACUUUAUUCACUGUGACAUCUAUGUAAAAAAAAAAACAUGCUGUACAUAAUGUGACCAAACCAUAUUGUUUGUUUCAUGUCAGGGAAAGUUCAUGAACCAUCUUUAUUAUCACAUGAAGUACUGACUGAGCAGUUAGAACAGUUUUCUUCACUUGUGUUGCUCUAUGGCUUUGCUUGCUGUUGGAUUGCUAAGUCCAGUUAGCGUUCAUGGAUUUAAGAGCCGACUGUCAAAUAUAAGGUCUGUUAGAGAAGUGGAGUUUUUUAGAGGAUGUGAAAGUGGAUGCUUGUUUCAUCUUUGCUAAGUUAGAGACAUCUGUGUAAGUAAGUAAGUUUUUAUUACCAGAGAAAGAGCACCAUUAAAAAAAAACAAAGACUGCUAUCGAAACUGUUCUGGAUAUCACCUUUGACCUCCAUGUUAUUAAAAUACCUUUAGAAGGCCUUUUAGAAACUGAGACGAGGUAAUCUGGGUUUCUUUUACAAGCCUACACCAAAGUGCUGACAUUUGAGUUUUUGCUUGUAAAUAAUACACACGUGAUCAUUUUUCCAUGUAGCUCGAUGGGACUCUUUUAUAUUUAUUAAAAUGGAAACGUUGAAGCGGAGGUCUUUGAGAGUGUGAAUGUUUGCUGAUACAACAACAGCUGACUAAAUACUACAUUUUAAGAGUCUGAUAAUUUCUGAACUAUUGGUUUCUAAAUCAUUUUAAAUAAAACAUGGUGUGUAAAAUGUGGUGAAACAAUUCUUCUUGUUUACUACAGAACAGUUUGUGCCCGCGUAGUCUCUGCUGUAACAAGUUUGCAAAGCUCUGUGAAAAGAUCAUUAUGUUAACAAUCCUGCAGUAGUAGCUACGCAGUAAACAUCAGUCACUCUGCUUGUAUGUCUGGGAAAGAUAAUUUCGUACCUGUUUGUUUGUUUUUUUAAGAUUAACGUUAAUGUAUAGACUUCACCUCUGUUGGCACCUUUAGAUGGAAGAAUUAAGGAUUUUGAAUUUGAUCAAAAAAAUGAAUUUGAAAAUGUAUGUUGAUAUUAACAGGUGAACAUCUUCCAUAAAAAGGUGUUUGAUGAUAGAUUGUUUUCAGUAAGUUACCAGCUGGACAUCGGUUGGAGAAUCAUGUUGAGGGUCAGUGAAAGUUGUUUCAGUUGAUCGUGUUUACAUAUGAUCGGAAGACCAUAUAAUCUGAAGUUUUGAAAAUGUUGAAAAUAAUUCUGAAAUAUUUCCUUUGGGCUAUAAUAAUGUGAACCCAUCUCAGUACUGCUAAUAAUAAGAGCUAAGAGCCUCUUUAUUUAACAUUGUAAAAAGUCCUUAAUUCUCUGGCCACGUGUUAAUAUGUACAGUUAAAAAUAUAAUAUCUUCGCUUGUUCUCCAUUGGGAAUGAAUGUACAUAGAGGGAGUUCUUUUAUUUUUUUGUUUGUUUUCUAAAAGUUGCAUUAAAGUAAAUACUUUCCUGGGGUAAAAGGUCAAAUUAAAAAAAAUUCAUUUUUCACUACUGUAAACUUGAUCUGAAAAAUAAAGUCUAUUUACCCGUA